AGUUCCUCACUGUCAUUCCCUGAAAUUUUGGCUUCCAAACUUCCAAAACUCUAGGACUGUUUCAAUACUUUCCUCUCUCUCUCUCUCUCUCUCUCUAUCUAUCUCUCUUGGGUCCAACAACUUCCAUUUUAUGGUAUUAGCAUUUGAUCGGAACGGUUAUAGUAAUCCCAUUUCACAGAGAGAAAUGCAAAGUAGUAUUUCAAAGCUCAAAUCUUUUCUAGUGUUUUCAGUAACCAACAACACUUGAGAAAACCAUGAUUAGUAUUCAUUAAAAAUAAUCCUUUUCUUCCUUUUUCUUUUUUCUCAGCAACCAAAAGAAGAUUUAUCUCUGAAUCUGAGCAUGUUGUUAGAGUUAGUUGUUUGACAGAUUAUGAUUGAAUGAAUGAGCUCUUUACCAGCUCAGUUUACGACUUCAAGGCCGAUGGGGAUAUAUGAGCCAUUCCGACAGGUUCCUAUGUGGAAAAACACCUUUGAAAAUGAUCACAUCUUGUUCGCAUCUACUUCUACAAUUGUAGACGUUGAGCCUAAUCAAGAAAACAAGGUUGAUGUCAUUUCUCGUGCAUCAACGGCACCGCCUUCCAGUAAUGAACAAGAAGGCAACAAACCUCUUGAUGAUAAGGUACAAAGGCGGCUGGCGCAAAAUCGCGAAGCUGCUCGAAAAAGUCGUUUGAGGAAAAAGGCUUAUGUCCAGCAGUUAGAAACAAGCCGGUUGAAACUGGCGCAAAUAGAGCAGGAGCUUGACAGAGCUAGAAAGCAGGGUGUCUACUUAGGCAGUACUUCAUUAAGCAGUAGUCACAUAGGAAAUUUUGGAACUUUAAACUCAGGGAUCACAACAUUUGAAAUGGAAUACGGAUACUGGGUUGAGGAGCAGCACAGGCAAAAUAGUGAGCUGAGAAACGCGCUUCAAGCCCGAGUAACCGAUGUGGAGCUCAGUAUGCUUGUAGAAAGCGGCUUGAACCACUACUACAACCUUUUUCGCCUUAAAGAAGAUGCUGCGAAAUCCGACAUUUUCUACUUAAUGUCUGGCAUAUGGCGUACGUCCGCCGAACGUUUUUUCCUUUGGAUCGGAGGAUUCCGCCCCUCGGAGCUUCUAAAUGUGGUUAUGCCACAUAUAGAGCCGUUGAGCGAUCAACAAGUUGCGAAAGUGAAUACCCUGCGACAAUCAUCUCAGCAGGCAGAAGAUGCUCUGACGCAGGGAAUUGAUAAACUCCACCAGACCCUGGCCUUGAGCAUGGCAUCUGAUCCUAUGAGCGAAGGUGGCUACGAUUGUCAAAUGGCUUCUGCAGUUGAGAAGUUGGAAGCACUUGAGAGUUUCGUCAACCAGGCAGAUCACUUGAGGCAGCAAACGAUGCGGCACAUGUCUCGCAUCCUAACGACGCACCAAGCUGCGCGCGCCUUGCUUGCAUUGGGGGAAUUCUUUCACCGUCUUCAAGCGCUCAGCUCCCUUUGGGCUGCUCGUCCUUGCGAACCAGCCUAGCCAAUCCACCAUGCCGGUCGGCUUCAUAAAUCUGCAUUUUGGAUUUAGUUUGGGAAACAU